GCAGCGGCGGCGGCGGUGGCGGCGGCGGCGGCGGCGGGUCGGUGUAGAAAAUGGCGCUGGUGCAGCGACUCGGGCCUCUCCCCGCGGCGCUACGGAGGGCUUGAGGCUCGCGAGCCUCACUCGCCGCGCCCCACUUGCUCGUGCACUUUACACACAUGAGAGAAUUGGAAGCUAAAGCUACCAAAGACGUAGAAAGAAAUCUUAGCAGGGAGCAGACACGGAGAAGAGGCCGGAGGGAAUACUGGAUGGAGGGAUUGCGGGGAGAUGCGGAUUUAGUGCAAGAAGAAGAACAGUUGAUGGAAGAAAAGAAAAAGAAAAAAGACGACAAGAAAAAGAAGGAAGCUGCUCAAAAGAAGGCCACUGAACAAAAAAUCAAAGUGCCAGAACAGAUAAAGCCCAGUGUAAGCCAGCCUCAGCCUGCCAACUCUAAUAACGGCACUUCCACAGCAACCAGCACUAAUAAUAAUGCCAAGCGAGCCACAGCCAACAAUCAGCAGCCGCCGCCACAGCCGCCGCCGCAGCCACAGCAGCCGCCGCAGCCGCAGCCACCACAGGCCUUGCCUCGGUAUCCGCGCGAAGUUCCACCUCGAUUUCGCCACCAGGAACAUAAGCAGCUUCUAAAGAGGGGUCAGCAUUUUCCUGUCAUAGCAGCAAACCUGGGAUCUGCUGUUAAAGUGUUAAGCAGCCAGUCAGAGAGCAGUGCUUUAACAAAUCAACAGCCACAAAAUAACGGAGAGGUGCAGAUCAGCAAAAACCAGUCAGAUAUAAACCACAAUACUUCAGGAUCCCAUUAUGAAAAUUCGCAGCGGGGACCUGUGUCUUCUACAAGUGACUCUAGCACAAACUGUAAGAAUGCUGUUGUAAACGACUCGCCUGAAGAAGAAGCAUGGCCCUCAGUCGCUGGCAGUGACCCAGAGUUGGCCUCAGAAUGUGUGGAUGCUGAUUCUGCCUCCAGUUCUGAAUCAGAGAGAAACGUCACUAUCAUGGCUUCAGGGAGCACAAGUGGUGAAAAUGAUGGCCUUCGGAAUAGCACUGGACUUGGAUCCCAAAACAAGUUUGUGGUUGGUAGCAGCAGCAAUAAUGUGGGCCAUGGAAGUAGUACUGGGCCAUGGGGUUUUUCCCAUGGAGCCAUAAUAAGCACAUGUCAGGUCUCUGUGGAUGCUCCUGAAAGCAAAUCAGAAAGUAGCAACAAUAGAAUGAAUGCUUGGGGCACUGUAAGUUCUUCAUCAAAUGGAGGGUUAAAUCCAAGCACUUUGAAUUCAGCUAGCAACCAUGGUGCCUGGCCAGUGUUAGAGAACAACGGACUUGCCCUAAAAGGGCCUGUAGGGAGUGGUAGUUCUGGCAUCAAUAUUCAGUGCAGUACCUUAGGCCAGAUGCCUAACAAUCAGAGUAUUAACUCUAAAGUGGGUGGUUCUUCUACCCAUGGUACCUGGGGAAGCCUUCAGGAAACUUGUGAAUCUGAAGUAAGUGGUACACAGAAGGUUUCAUUCAGUGGUCAGCCUCAAAAUAUUACCACUGAAAUGACUGGACCAAAUAACACUACUAACUUUGUGACCUCUAGUUUACCAAACUCCGGUUCAGUACAGAAUAACGAACUGCCUAGUAAUACAGGGGCCUGGCGUGUGAGCACAAUGAAUCAUCCUCAGAUACAGGCUCCGUCGGUUGUAAAUGGCACUUCCCUUUCUCACCUUAGCAAUGGAGAGUCAAAAAGUGGAGGCUCUUACGGUACUACAUGGGGUGCCUAUGGUUCUAAUUACUCUGGAGACAAAUGUUCAAGCCCUAAUGGCCAAGCUAAUGGUGACACUGUGAAUGCAACUCUAAUGCAGCCUGGCAUAAACGGGCCUAUGGGCACUAACUUUCAAGUUAACACAAAUAAAGGAGGAGGUGUGUGGGAGUCUGGGGCAGUGAAUUCCCAGAGUGCAUCAUGGGGAAAUGGUGCAAAUUCUGGAGGAAGUCGAAGAGGAUGGGGAACUCCUGCACAAAACACUGGCACUAAUACACCCAGCGUGGAAUGGAGCAAACUGCCUAGCAAUCAGCAUUCCAGUGACAGUGCAAAUGGCAAUGGUAAGAAGUUUACAAACGGAUGGAAGUCUACUGAGGAAGAGGAUCAGGGUUCUGCCACAUCUCAGACAAAUGAGCAAAACAGUGUGUGGGCCAAAACGGGAGGUACAGUGGAGAGUGAAGGUAGUACAGAAAGCACUGGACGCCUUGAGGAAAAAGUAACUGGGGAAAAUCAGAGUAGAGAUAGACGAAAAAUUGAUCAGCACACAUUACUCCAAAGCAUUGUAAACAGAACUGACUUAGAUCCACGUGUCCUAUCCAACUCUGGUUGGGGACAGACUCCUAUUAAGCAGAAUACUGCCUGGGAUACCGAAACAUCACCUAGAGGGGAAAGAAAGACUGACAAUGGGACAGAGGCCUGGGGAAGCUCUGCAACACAGACUUUUAACUCAGGGGCAUGUACAGAUAAGACUAGCCCUAGUAGUAAUGAUACCUCAUC